GCCUUAGGGUGGGUGGAAGAUUACGUUAUUCAAAUCUCGCAUUUGACGCAAAACAUCCGCUUUUAUUGCCAAGUAAUCAUAGGAUAACACAAUUAAUUGUAGAACAUACGCAUCAAAAAUAUUUACACCCAGGAUAUAAAACCCUUCACUUUCUAUUAUUACAAAGAUUUUGGAUUCUGUCACCACGACGUGCCAUAACUAAUUGCAUAUCUAAGUGUAUAAGAUGUUUUAGAGUCUGUCCAAGAGUUAAUGUGCCGUUUAUGUCCUAUAGAGUAUCGCAGUUGAAACCUUUUUCUGUAGUCAGUUUAGAUUAUGCGGGACCCGUUAUGAUAACUUUAGGAAAAACUCGAAAACCAAAAAUUCUAAAGGCAUACAUAUACAUUUUUGUCUGUUGUGCGGUAAAAGCUAUUCAUAUAGAGCUUGCAUCAGACCUCUCUUCAGAUUCAUUUAUCGCCGCUUUUCGCCGAUUUACAGCCCGCAGAGGCAGAUGUUCCGAAAUAUUUAGUGACCAAGGUACUAAUUUUAUUGGUGCAAAUCGUCAAUUUAUCGAACUUGCUCAACAAGCUGCAACUAAACUUAAUUUAAAUUGGAACUUUAAUCCACCUGGAGCGCCACAUUUUAACGGUCUAAGCGAGGCUGGGGUGAAAGCUGUUAAGACUCAUCUUAAGAGAGUAAUCGGAACUCAAAUAUUAACAUAUGAGGAACUAUAUACUUUUUUAACGCAAGUAGAAGCUCUUUUAAACUCUCGUCCUUUAUGCGCCAUUUCACAAGAUCCUAAUGAUCUGCAGGCACUCACGCCAUCUCAUUUUCUAAAUUUGGAGCCAUUAAAUUCGGUUAUACCGGAUCCAGAUCUUUCACAUAUAAAAUUAAAUAGAUUAAAUCGAUGGCAGCUAUUGCAGAGAAUGCAUCAUGAUUUUUGGAAACGGUGGCAUUUAGAAUAUUUACAUACGCUUCAACAGCGAAGCAAAUGGUACAAUAAAACCACUAAUAUCCGAGAGAAUGCACUUGUUCUAAUUAAAGAUGAACAAAAGACUCCAUUAUUUUGGCCUCUAGGACGGAUAAUUGAGGUGCAUCCAGGUACAGAUGGAGUGGUCCGCGUUGCCACUGUAAAAACAUCUCACGGUAUUUAUAAACGGCCAGUGGUAAAAUUGUGCCCACUGCCGAUUCAAUAAUAAUUUUUUUUCUUUUCUUUUUUUGUUCUUUCUUAUAUAUACCUAGUUAGUUAAGUUGCUUGAGUGAAUAAUACAAGUUUUUAUUUUAUUUUGUGUAACAGAAAAAACUAUUGUUUUUUGAUGGGUGGUAAUGUUAAGUCCGGAAUCAUAUCACCUAUUUUGAAUUCAAAUUUAAUUUAUGAAUCCCGCAUAUCCUAUCCCAAUCCUGCACGAGGAGAGGGAGUGCCGGAAAGAGAGCAGUGCAGCGCGCGCGCUAGAGCAAAAAAGUUGGUGCCAAUAAAUACUGGUUCUUUUGGGGAAUUGGGCUAAAAGUCAAUCACCUGUAUCUUUACCAAGUCAACCAAGAACGUCCCCGGUAGAAAGUCAUUCAAGCCCCACACAGAAAAUUGUUCACAGCCCUAGCGGAAGAUUUUUAGAGGAAAUCGACAAUUUUUCAACUCCUAC